AUGGUACGAACCGGCCUUUCUCCCACCGCAUCUCGAGGAGUCCUCCGCUUGCCCAUAUUCAGCAGCAGAGUUCCUUUCCGACCUUCCACUUUACAGACGACUCCCCUACGCACGCUCGCCCGCAGAACCUACACCUCUUCUUCAGCACGCACCUCCCCUUCACCUGGCACCGGCUUCACGUUUUCCUCCGGACGGCCCUCCCUCCACAAUCCUUCGCUUCUCCAACGCCUCCGCAACUCCUUUCGAUCCCUGCACAACUCGCGGGCGCGGCGGAAAGCAACCAACAAUGGCAAGCCGGUUUCUCCGAAUGUGACAGAGAUGCUAGGGUCUCCGGGAGGUAAGGCUGCGGCUGCGGAAGCAGAACCUACGACUUUGGGGGGCAGAAUGAAGAAGUUGGGCAGAGAGUAUGGGUGGUCUGCGGUGGGGGUAUAUUUUCUGCUCAGCGCGCUGGACUUUCCGUUUUGUUAUUUGCUGGUUAGGAAUUUGGGCACGGAUAGGAUUGGCCGAUGGGAAGAGAUAGUACUCUCGAAUAUUAAAAAGCUAAUCCCCGAUUCGAUCCAGCAAUUCUGGCAUGAGUGGCGCGCCUCCAUGAAGAAAGCCGAGCAGGAGAUUUCAGGUGGAGAGCUGAUCAGCGAAGGCGUCGAAAUGGCCGGCUGGGGCGUCGAAGAGGCGACGGAAAAGAACAAGAAAGAUGCUAGUCUCGCAACCCAGCUAGCGCUCGCCUACGCAAUCCAUAAAUCCUUCAUCUUCAUCCGAGUCCCCAUCACAGCGGCCAUCACGCCCAAAGUCGUCAAGAUGCUGCGGGGAUGGGGCUGGGACAUUGGGAAGCGGACGACGAAGGAGGCGAAGGCGCUGAAGCGGGCGAGUAUGCCGCCUAAGAUCAAGAAAGCGAGGUUUGCGGGACGGAAAUUAUUGAAGUGA